UAGGGCAUGCCAGCCUGGGCACGAGUCGAACGGCAGCCAAGGAGCGAGUGGCGGCGGUGGUUGCUACUGCUCCGUUGAUGGCGGCGCUCAACGACUCGGCCGGUUUCCUCGCCACUUCUGUGCAAUCUCUUGAGGUCAGCUCCUUAAGAGGAGCGGGCGUUUCCCUGGCUGGGGUAACUGGCUAUCUCUCUGGUUUUUGGCCGACUGGUUCCUUGCGCGUGAUAUCCUCACCUCCCUGCUCCCUCUCCUCUCACGGCUCCAAUACUUGGAUUGAUUUCGGUCCCUGGUUUCUUGAGAUUGCUCUCUGGUGGAGAUUUGGAAGGGAUUGAAGAAGGUGUUGUGCUCUUGCAGCAAGGUCCUCCGUGUGCCUCGCUGCUCCUCUGUGCGCCUGUGUGGUGCCGGUCUGAUCUGGUCUCUGUCCACCGUGGCCUGGUGCUUGGGCUCCCUGCUGCGCGGUGUUCCUCUUCUCGGGCUGGUGCCGUGGACGUCUCCCUCGGCUCCGGCAGCGGCUCUAGUAUCUCCGUCAACCUCCCGCCGUGCAGGUCCGGACGUGGACGGCAGAAUUGGUUUUCUGGGACAGAACCUUGUGUUCGCUGAGCUGGUCUUCCCACGUAGACAAUCUACGUGCUGUGAGUUACCCGUUGCCUCGCUUUAUUUAUUGAGUAAUUUUGUGCAAUCUGCUAGUAUUAUUUACUUGGGUGUGAUUGCACAAUUUGUGGGCGGAUUUGAUUGCUCGAUGAUGAUAGCGGUGUAGUGAGACGACGUGACAGUCUGGGUUUUAGUGUGUUGUUAUUUUCAGCAUUGAUAUUAUUUGUGCCUAGUUAUUUCUUACUAUUGUGCAAGCUGAUUAUUUAAGUUCUUUAUUGUUCCUUAAUUCUUAUGCACACUGUUUUGAUCUUAAUAUUCAUGCUUGAUUUCUAGGCUCAUAAUAUUUGUUCUAAAACCCUGUUUUGGUAAGAUAGGAUUGUCACGUUAGUCGAGGAUCUUUGAUCACCCUUUAGCGUUGGAGGGCUGUCUUGUGCAGCAACCCGCUAUUUUGAGAGCAAUACUUCAAGAUAAACAAUUAUGUUUAUUUGUUUAAUCUGCCUUCUUCAUCUGCAAGCCAUGUUUAAUUAUGAAAUGGACCUGUGUAGCUAUUUUACAUGUUUACAUGUCUUAGAAUUGCUACUGUUCAUUGCUGCUAUAAUUUCAUAUGGUAUUUAUCUGAGUUAUAUGAUUAUUUUAUUCGGAAUUAGAAUAUUUAAUUUAUUUAAAUAUGAAGGAAGCAUGUCACUUAUUUCUCUAAAUUUAGAGCAGUUUUCACCUGAAUCAAUCACUACACUGAACCAGCGUACAAUAGCUAGCCCUAAUAAACAUUCUUCUCCAUUUUCAUCUAGACCAGUGGCAUGCAUGCAUGUACUAAUUAACCGAUCUGAUGGGUGAGACAGCAGGAGAGUCCUUGAAAACCGACCAGACUAAGGCUCUGGUUGGAAACACCUGGUUUUUAAGAAUCUAGAAGCAGAAGGGAAAAAAAACAACAAUAGUAUAAAUUGAAUCUAGAUGCCGUUCAGAUUCAUUCAUCAUGCAGUGAAACAUAGUGUUACCUCCGUUUUUAAAUAUUUAUCGUCUGUUAUUUUAUUUUUUUAAGUAAACAACGAUAAAUGAAAAAAAAGAACGAAGAGAGUAAUACGUUGCAGCCUGGAGAGGACGCCACCUGGUGGCUCUCAAGCAGUGGAGACAUCUUCUUGUGGUGUGUGGGACGAUGCUUCGUUCGUAGUGCUCUGCGGAACAAAGCACGAACCGGUUCCAGUUGGCUGCUUUUGCGUAAUGGAAGGCAAAGCAGCUUAUUAGUAAAAAUUAAGGGGAGUGAGUGAGUGCUCAUUGGACAUUCUUAGUGAGUGCUCAUUGGACAUUCUUAAAAGAAUCCAUGCGUGUUUGGCCAAUGAGACCUUUAUUUUAGACGCUAGCUGUUUUUUUUUUUUACAAUGCCCUCUAUCCAUUAACAUAGUGUGUUCCUUUUGCAGUGAACGAACAAGCUAAUAAGGCGUUGUUCAGUAAUAACAUAUCCAUAUAGUCCUAGCCAUUAUUCAGUGGCUAAUGUAAGUUAAUUCAACCCAUAGCUUAACUAAGUAGUACUACUAGAUAACUAGAGUCACCAGGAAGAAGAUUGUUUGGAGGAAUAUAUUUUAAAAUUUGAAGGGCUAGUUUGGGAGCUAAAUUACCGGAGGGGAUUGGAGGGGAGAAAAUCCACUUCUUAUUCAAAAUUGAAUAAGAAGGGGAUUUUAGCCCUUACAAUCCCUUUCGGUUUUGUGACUUCCAAACUAGCCCGAAGUAAAGCACAUUUUGUCACAAACACGCAAGGUGUCCAAGGCUGUAAAUUAAAGCUGUGUCGAUGUACCUCCUGAAAUAAAAACAUUUUUGUCUUAGCAUUUAGUAAGUCUCUCUCUCUCUUCAAAGACUAGUCAGUCGCCCAAGGGAAUAUAACAUUGGCUUUCCACAAGCAUGCAUGGUACAAAAACUUGGUGCCAGCGUACUUUAUUACUUCAAACAAAAUCAUUGCUUCAAAGAAAGAACUCUGCAUAAACACUAUUCUAUUUUAUGGUACAAAUACUGGAAUGGAGCCACUCUAUUCUAUUUGACUCUCCAACCAAACAUACCCUAACAUAUCUACCACACUCAGAUACAAUAUAAUAUGUAAACAUAUGUCCUCACGUACCAACAAUAAUGACAUAUCUGACUCUUCUCCUCAUGUUCGUUGCCGAUCAACACCAUAGCAACAUUAUCUCCGCUGUAUAACUUGGAUGCAGGCAGUUAGUUAUAGGGAGAAAGACGGCGAUUAGGUUGUGGGGAUGUGUGAAUCAACGCUUUCGCGUGAGCUAGCCCCUCCUGCUAAUAAGUUUUUUUUUUUUUACUUUAAGGACACAUUAACAUUUUUUAUGGAUGAUGCUUCUCUUGGGCAUAUAAUUGUUAGGAUUUAUGGGCUUGGCCCAAUUAAGUUAUUCAAAUAAAUCCCAGGAAAAUCUCAAAAGCCCAUAUAAGUGGAUGGCAAAGGGAUAGGUGGAACCAAUAGCACCAUAUUGCUAGCUCUUGUGGAGUAGAGCUAACUUAAAUAUGGAAGCCACACUCACUCACCAAGUCAUGGAUGAGAGGAGAGAGUGUGGAGAGCCACACGCGCGCGCUCGCUCGCCUCGCCUGGCCUGGGCUGGGCGAAGGGCGCGGGCGCGCGACAUGCGCGUGAAUGGUCCGCCGAAAUCCGGCCCCUCGCCUUGCGGGGGCGCGGCUACCUUUUGCCGUUUGAUUUUUUUGGUUUCUUGGCUGUUUCGCCUCUCUACCACAGAGGUGCAUCUGCGAUCAGGAGAGCAGGUCUCCGGAACCCUUCGUCUUCUAGAUCCUGCACCGGGAGAGGGCGAAUAAGGUUUUUGGGAAGCGUCUUCACGCGACUGCUCGUGAUCUGCUGACCUCGUCAACCCAUCUGCUCCUGGCGCGCGCCAACAAUCAGCUGUGGUUGUUUACCAAAGCAGUCCGUCACGAUUUGCUCCUCUACGAACUUUGCGAGAAAACUUCAGGAUGGACCAGUGGACUUUGCUGCUAGGCGACUGGUUCUUGGACACUCGGACAAGAGUUCUGACGCAUGCCACUAUUGAAGAAAUUGAAGCGGAGAAAUCCCUCAUCGAAGACCAAGCUAAAGAAAAGAUGGAGAAGGCGAUCGAAACAGUCCAAACUAACUUCAACACUGUGAGGACAGGGCGUGCAAGCCCGGCCAUGCUUGACCGGAUCGAGGUCGAGUACUACGGAACUCCAGUGAACUUGAAGAGCAUUGCACAGAUAAGCACUCCAGAUGCAACUUCUCUUCUUAUUCAACCAUAUGACAAGUCAAGCCUCAAGCUUAUCGAGAAAACUAUAGUUGCCGCAAAUCUUGGUGUGACACCAAGCAAUGACGGAGAAGUGAUACGAGUGACUGUCCCACCAUUGACAUCUGAUCGCAGAAAGGAAUUAGCAAAGACAGUAGCUAAAUUGGCUGAAGAUGGCAAGGUUGCUAUAAGGAACAUAAGAAGAGAUGCAAUCAAAGCUUACGAUAAACUACAGAAGGAAAAGAAGCUUUCUGAAGACAAUGUGAAAGAUUUGUCAGCUGACCUACAAAAAGUCACGGACGAGUACAUGAAAAAUAUCGAUUCCAUCCAGAAGCAGAAGGAACAGGAACUGAUGAAAAUCUAGAUCUUCAACAAGCUGAGCUGACUGUGUAUGACUGCUUGGCGCCGCGCCGCCGGGGACUGCGCACGUUUUGAGGUCAGGUCAGGUGCUUUGCUGCAACCUUCUGGAUGCACACAUGCUGAGGCAAUGCUGUUGUGGGUCGUUUCUCUUUUUUUUUUUCGUAUUUCUUUUGUAAUGCUCGUAAAUAGGCUCUCGCUCGUCGCCGUGUUGUCUGACUGUUGUUACGUUGUCAAUACUUGUCGCCAUCUGAAUCGAAUGUCUGAAAUGUUCCUGCCCGACUCUCGUA